AUGGUGCGACUCUUCAAGCUUCUGCCCGAUGACUCAAUGUAUCGUGCGUUUUUGGCCUUGAAGCAAACCGACUCUGUACGUGAUUAUCGGAAGCAGUUUGAGCUAUUCACGUCUUCUUUGGAGGGUCUCUCUAAAAAAGACUUACCUACCGACGAUGUUCACAACGACGUCGUUGAGGAUGUGCACCUUGUUGUCGACACAGUUGAUGAACAGUUGGAAAAUAAGGUCGUGGAAGUUUUUCUAAAUUCCGUUGUUGGCCUCACUUCUCCGAAGACUCUAAAGCUCGAUGGCCACAUCGGGACACAAUCAGUGAUCGUCUUGAUUGAUAGUGGUGCCACUCAUAACUUCAUCUCCAAUGUCCUUAUUCACAAAUUAGGGCUCCCUAUUACGACAACGGCAUCGUACGGCAUGGUGUUGGGCAUGAGAAAGGCUACUCAAACUCAAGGAAUCUGUCGGGGCAUCGGCGUGACCAUAGAGGGCAUUGAAAUUGUUGAGGAUUUCCUUCCCUUGGAUUUGGGAAAUACAGAUAUCAUAUUGCCCAUUCAAUGGCUGGAAACUCUGGGGGUCACUCACAUCAAUUGGAAGACUCAUUCCAUGAAGUUUUCGACGGUUCUUGAUAAAUUUCCCAUUUUGGCCAUUGAUGAGUUGUUGGAUGAACUUCAUGGCACUACUAUCUUCUCCAAGCUCGACCUAAAAUCUGGUUACCACCAGAUCCAGGUUCAACCUACCGACGUGCCCAAGACCGCUUUUCGCACUCAUGAGGGUCAUUAUGAAUUUCUGGUCAUGCCUUUUGGCCUCACCAACGUCCGGCGACAUUCCAAUCCUUGA